AUCCAUCCAUUUCUACCACUUGUCCCUUUUGCACAAUAUUAUUUAUUAUUUUACCCCAACUUUGACAGUGAACGAGCCCACAGAAGAGGCAAUCUAAUUGUUAAUUCGGCGAGAACUCUCCACGCGCACUUGAGGUGUCUGAGCAUACGGCCGUGGGAGGAUGAGGAGGAGGAGGAGAGGGGAUGGAGUGGGGUACCACUUUCUUAUUUGCAUGCAUUUAUGGCAACCGUUUUCCCAUUAGGAUCCAGUGCGUGCUCAAGUGGCUUGAAGUGAAAUGCGCCUUAAAAAAAAAAAAAAGGGAAAAAAAAAAAUGAGACGUCUAUUGCUUUGCAAGUUGGCGGAGCUGCGUGGAUUUGUUGGAGUGGGCGCCGCUGCAAAUGGCAAAUAAGCCACAAGAGAAAAGGAUCACAUCAAUAUUUGGACAGCAUGACUAGGAAUAAUCAAGUGUCCACCCCUCUGGGCCAGGGUCGCGUCAACCAGCUGGGCGGCGUGUUCAUCAACGGGAGGCCCCUGCCCAACCACAUCCGCCACAAGAUCGUGGAGAUGGCGCACCACGGCAUCAGGCCCUGCGUCAUCUCCCGCCAACUGCGCGUCUCCCACGGCUGCGUGUCCAAGAUCCUGUGCCGAUACCAGGAGACCGGGUCCAUCCGCCCCGGGGCCAUCGGAGGCAGCAAGCCCAGGCAGGUGGCCACUCCUGACGUGGAGAAGAGGAUCGAGGAGUACAAGCGGGAGAACCCGGGAAUGUUCAGCUGGGAGAUCCGGGAUAAGCUGCUGAAGGACGGCGUGUGCGACAGAAGCACGGUUCCUUCAGGUGAGGCUUCAUCUGUGAGCUCCAUCAGCCGCGUUUUGAGGGCCCGAUUUGGCAAAAAAGAUGACGAGGAUGACUGUGAUAAGAAGGAUGAAGACGGAGAAAAGAAAACAAAGCAUAGCAUCGAUGGCAUCCUGGGUGAUAAAUGUAGCCGCACGGACGACGGUUCCGACGUGGAUUCGGAGCCCGACUUGCCGCUGAAGAGGAAGCAGAGGCGCAGUCGCACCACCUUCACCGCCGAGCAGCUGGAGGAGCUGGAGAAGGCUUUCGAGAGGACACAUUACCCCGACAUCUACACCCGGGAGGAGCUGGCUCAGAGGACCAAGCUCACGGAGGCCAGAGUGCAGGUGUGGUUCAGCAACAGAAGGGCCCGGUGGCGUAAACAGGCCGGAGCCAACCAGCUCGCCGCUUUCAACCACCUGCUUCCCGGCGGGUUCCCGCCCACAGGGAUGCCCACUUUACCCACAUACCAGCUCCCGGAGGCCAGCUACCCCGGCACCACACUAUCGCAAGAUGCAGAUUCCUGUGGCAACUGGUCGUUUCACCCGGUUGAUCGGAGCUUAUACCUGUGCGCAGAGGGCAGCAGUACCUUGCACAGACCCCAGCCCCUGCCCCCGUCCUCCAUGCACCAGGGAGGUCUAGGCGCCGACGGCAGUUCGGCGUACGGCCUAUCAUCCAACCGCCACAGCUUCUCCAGCUACUCCGACUCCUUCAUGAGCCCCUCGGCGUCCGGCAACCACAUGAACGCCGUCGGCAACGGGUUGUCUCCGCAGGUGAUGAGUAUCCUGAGCAACCCCGGCGGCGUGCCCUCUCAGUCGCAGCACGACUUCUCCAUCUCGCCGCUACACGGCAGCCUGGAGGGUUCCAACCCCAUCUCGGCCAGCUGUAGCCAGCGCUCGGACACCAUCAAGAGCGUGGACAGCCUGGCCUCCUCGCAGUCCUACUGCCCCCCCACCUACAGCGCCACCAGCUACAGCGUGGACCCUGUCACCGCCGGUUACCAGUACAGCCAGUACGGUCAGACUGCCGUGGACUACCUGGCUAAGAACGUGAGCUUGUCCACUCAGAGGAGGAUGAAGCUUGGAGACCACUCGGCCGUGCUGGGACUGCUGCAGGUGGAGACGGGGCAGGCCUACUGAAGCCCCGCCCCCCCUCCAUCACACACACCUCUGCUUUCGGCCAAGUGGGGACCGCCACAAGUCCAGCACCGGAAGUGGGACGGACAGGAAGGGACGGGGCUACACUUUAAAGAGGACCACACAUUGGACCCCCCCAAAUCCUCCCUACCCCACCACCAACAGAGCCACUGGCAACAUGUACUCAUGUGACCUUGAUGUUGAUAGUACUUAACAUUUAUCAUUUCUUCUCUUUUGAUAUUAUUGUUAAUAAUGAUAACAUUCUUGUUGCUGUUCUCUAUUAUUGCUAACGUUGUUCGAUUUCCACUGGUGUGCUCGCGAGGAGGAGCACGAUGAUUGUUUUCCAAGCUGCUCUUCGACCACCCCCCGCUUUUAGUGAGCGAUUUGACCUUCCCGCUUUCAUAUUCAUCUUGACAUUCCAAAAGAACUUGGCCACUGUGUGGGAAGUCUGGCUGGAGGGGUCCUGCAGGGAAUUUUAAGCAGUGUUUUGGCCGCCAAUAACCCCCCUCCUCCCCCCUGUAACCUCCACGCCAUCCUUAGCCGGGGUCCACAGGGAGGGGGGGCUUUGUUGUAAAAUGGGAUUGGGGAAAUUAAUGCAUUUUGUUUAGAAAAAUGGAAGCCUAGUUAUAUUACAGCCCACCUUUAAAUGCCCUUUGCUAGUGUGUAAAGCAGAUCAAAUCUCUCACACACACACACACACACACACACACACACAAACAAUCCUAUUGUUAGUCUUAUUUUUUUCACUUGACAGCACACAUCUUGUACAAACGCACCUUCACCUCAAACAUUCCUCGCAAACAUUCCGAAAUAAGCAGCAUUCCAGCAGAAACUAACCCCUUGUGUCAUCCAAAUACUGUAAAUCAAGACGCAUGCAGCAUUUUACGUUUACAAGAUUAAAUAACAAAUAUCGCCAGAAAUAUGUUUGCGGUUUACGAGUAAAAGUUACGAGGGAGAAAAUUUUUUGAGAGUUGAGUCGCCGUUUCAAAAAAAUAUCGCAAUAUGACAAAAAGGUCUUUCUAGACAUUUUGUAGAAAUGUUAUGGAAAUUGCAAUUAUACACCCCCAAGAAAGGUGUAUUAUGAUAGUAACAUUUUCACAUUAAAAGUGAACAAAUGUCAUACAUGGAGAAAUAUAAAGUCUUAUUAUCACAAUAACACAUUUUUGGGACAAGAAUGGCACCAUUUUAUAGGGAAAAUUUUAACAUUCCAUGAUAUUCUGAAUUACGGAAAAAAAAACAAUUUUAUGAAAAGGUCAUAAAUGUACAAAAAUCAAAGUUCGAUAUUACAAAAAAAAAUAUGAAUGUAACGAAUAAAAAAUAUUAAUAUCAUGAGAAUAAAGUUGUCGUAUUAUGAGAGAAAAUACGAUUCUACAAUUCGCGAUUUUAGGAAAAUCUGCAAUUUUAGGAAAAUCUGCAAUUUUGAGCUAUUCGUAAUCAUACAAAAGUUGCAAAUAACAAAAGUGAAAACAUUCCACUGGGAGAAUGAGAACAAAGUAGUCGAACUACAAGGAAAAGUUUUACAGGAAUAACGUCGGAAUUUUCCGAAGUUCUAAUGAGAACAAUAAAGUCCUCAUUGCCGUUUCUGAGAAUAAAAAUUAAGGUAAAUUCAUGCAAAUGUUGUAAUAUUGUGAAAAUAAAAUUGCAAUAUGUUAAGGACGUCAAGAUAAAGAUAAUUUUAGUAUGAAUUUCCGGGGGGAAAAAAUAAAAAGAUUAUCAGAAAAAAUAAAGAUUUUACGAGAAUAAUGUCAUAUUCAGAGAUGAUUUCACGGGGGGAAAAAGAGAUAACUAUUUUACAACAAAUGAAAGUCUUAAUAUCAAAAUUUUUGGGACUAGAAUUUCACAAUUUGACAGGGAAAAUGUUAACAUUCCACAAAAAAAGGUUUUUAUGAAAAGGUCAUAAAUGUACAAGAGUUAAAGCAGGAUAUUACAAAAAAAAAUAUGAAUGUAGUACAUCAUUAAUAUUAUGAGAAUAAAGUUGUCAUAUUAUGAGAGGAAAUACAAUUCUACAAUUAAAUCGCGAUUUUAGGAAAAUCUGCAAUUUUAGGAAAAUCUGCAAUUUUGAGUUAUUCGUAAUCAUACAAAAGUUGCAAAUAACCAACAUGAAAACAUUCCACUGAGAGAAUGACAUCAAAGUUUUACAGGAAUAAACAUCGGAAUUUUACGAAGUUCUAAUGAGAACAAUAAAGUCCUCAUUGCAGUUUCUGAGAAGGAAACAUAAGGUAAAUUCAUGCAAAUGUUGUAAGACUGUGAAAAUAAAAUCGCAAUAUUGUAAGGACGUCGAGAUAAGAAAGAUAAUUUUGGUAUUAAUUUCCGGGAAAAAACACAAAAAGAAUAUCAGGGAAAGAAAAAAAAGAUUUUACAAGAAUAAAGUCGUCAUAUUCAGAGAUGAUUUCACAGGGGAAAAAAUUAUAAAAUGAGAAUAUUCAAUUAAAAUUUCAGGAAAAAAAGCAGAGAUAUAAGUAAAUGGGUUGUACUUGUAUAGCGCUUUUCUACCUUCAAGGUACUCAAAGCGCUUUGACACUACUUCCACAUUUACCCAUUCACACACACAUUCGCACACUGAUGGAGGGAGCUGCCAUGCAAGGCGCUAACCAGCACCCAUCAGGAGCAAGGGUGAAGUGUCUUGCUCAGGACACAACGGACAUGACGAGGUUGGUACUAGGUGGGGAUUGAACCAGGGACCCUCGGGUCGCGCACGGCCAUUCUUCCACUGCGCCACGCCGUCCCCGUAAAAACAGUAUGACAAUGACGUUGUCAUAUUCCGGUACAAAGGACACAUUAUUUUGCACGAAUUAAGUCGUAAUUUUGCGAAAAUCUUAACUUAUAAUUACAAUAAAGCUCUUCGGCGACGUGUUUUGUUUGUUUCAAGUACGCAACCUGAGCCGCUUGUUAUGUCGAUGCAGUAACAAAAAGACAUGAAUGUGCUCCCCCCAUGACAACAUUGUGCAGCACUCAUACUUGAACUUUGACACCAUUGAUCCCCCCCGAAGCCCACCC